AUGGCCCAGACUCCUCCAUUCAAACUUGGAAUUUACGGCCAUGUUGAACAUGUCCUUUUGAAGUUUAAAUCGACCGUCCAAAUUAAAAACAUCCAUGAAGGCUUGAUUUCAUUUUACCAAAAGCUACUCGUUUAUGAUCCAAACUCAUUUUAUAUUCUGUUGACGAGCUCUUUCGCUCUGAUGUUUAUCUUAAUUUUCGCAUAUUAUCGUUUAAUGGAGCUUUCGAAAAGUUACCAAAGUAUUAUUCGCCGGAAAAUCGAAUUUCAGGAGAUUUCUAAGGACAGAAUUAAAAGUUACAUGUUAAAUGUUCUCGAGGACUAUUUCAUCUAA